UGCCGGGGCCUCCCUCGCUGCGGGGCGGCCCCCGAGGCUCCGGGCGAUGCCCUGAGGCACCGAGAGCUCCGCCAUGGACGAGGCCGAGGCCGCGGCGGGGGACGCGGCCCCGGCGGGCGCCGAGGCCUCCCCGGGGGACGGGCGGGGGAGGCCCGGGGCCAAGCGGGUCACGUUCCCCUCGGACGAGGACAUCGUGUCCGGGGCUGUGGAGCCCAAGGACCCCUGGAGACACGCCCAGAACGUGACGGUGGAGGAGCUGCUGGCCGCGUACCGCCAGGCCUGCCUCAAGCUCAACUGCCGCCAGAUCCCCAAGCUGCUCAAGCAGAUCCAGGAAUUCACGGAUCUGAAUCCCAGGAUCGACUGCCUGGAUCUCAAGGGGGAGAAGCUGGAUUACCGCGCCUGCGAGGCCAUGGAGGAGAUCUUCAAACGGCUCCAGUUCAAACUGGUGGACCUGGAGCAGACCAGCCUGGAUGAGGAUGGCGCGUCGGCGCUGUUCGACAUGAUCGAGUACUACGAGUCGGCCACGCACCUCAACAUCGGCUCCAACAAACACCUGGGGGCGCGCGGCUGGCAGGCGGCCGCGCACAUGAUGAGGAAGACCAGCUGCCUGCAGUACCUGGAUGCCAGGAACACUCCCCUCCUGGAUCACUCGGCGCCCUUCGUGGCCCGGGCGCUGCGGAUCAGCAGCAGCCUCGUGGUUCUGCACCUGGAGAACACUUCCCUGUCUGGGAGACCCCUGAUGCUGCUGGCCACAGCCCUGAAGAUGAACGUGACGCUGCGGGAGCUGUACCUGGCCGAUAACAAACUGAACGGGCUGCAGGACUCGGCCCAGCUCGGGAACCUGCUCAAGUUCAACGGGAACCUGCAGAUCCUGGACCUGCGCAACAACCACAUCCUGGACUCGGGCCUGGCCUACAUCUGCGAGGGGCUGCGGGAGCAGCGCCGGGGGCUGGUGACGCUGGUGCUGUGGAACAACCAACUGAGCCACGCCGGCAUGGCCUACCUGGGCAUGACCCUGCCGCACACGCAGAGCCUGGAGACGCUGAACCUGGGCCACAACCCCGUGGGGAACGAGGGCGUCCGGAACCUGAAGAACGGAUUGAUCGGGAACCGCUCCGUGCUGCGCCUGGGGCUGGCCUGCACCAAGCUCACCUGCGAGGGGGCCGUGGCCGUGGCCGAGUUCGUGGCCGAGUCUCCGCGGCUGCUGCGCCUGGACCUGCGCGAGAACGACAUCAAGACCGGGGGGCUCAUGGCCCUGUCGCUGGCCCUGCGCGUCAACCACUCCCUGCUGCGCCUCGACCUCGACCGCGAGCCCAAGAAGGAGGCGGUGAAGAGUUUCCUGGAGACGCAGAAGGCGCUGCUGGCCGAGAUCCAGAACGGCUGCAAGCGGAAUUUCAUCCUGGCCAAGGAGAAGGAGGAGAAGGAGCAGCAGCAGCUGCAGCACUCGGCCUCCAUGGCCGAGAUUUCCGGGAACGAUCCCGAGGAGGAUCCUGAGGAAGAUCCCGAGGAAGAUCCCGGAAUCGCCGGCGGCGCUUCCCCAGCCCCCGAGGAAAACGGGAACGCGGCUCCGGCCGGGGAUUCCAGCUCGGACACGGACGAGGAGGAGGAGGAGGAGGAGCAGGAUGGGAAGGACUCGAGGGAGGUUGUGGAUUCUGGGAAUUCUGGGAAUUCCGGGAAUGGCGAGCGCAGGAUUUCCGUCUCCAGCCCGGGCAGAGGCCGCAAGAUCUUCGUGGUGACGCGCGUGGAAAACGUUCCCGAGGGAUCCGGGGUCGGUUCCAAGGAAUCUGGGGCUGUUCCCAAAGAAUCUGGGGCCAUUCCUGAGGGAUCAGGGGUCGUUCUUGAAGAAUCCAGGGUCGUUCCUGAGGGAUCCAGGAUCAUUCCUGAGGGAUCCAGGAUCAUUUCCAAGGAAUCUGGGGCUGUUCCUGAUGAAUCCAGGAUCAUUCCUGAAGGAUCCAGGAUCAUUCCCGAGGGAUCUGGGGCCGUUCCCGAUGAAUCCGGAACCGUUCCCGAGGGAUCUGGGACCGUUCCCAUUGGAUCUGAGACUGUUCCGGAAGGAUCCGGGAUCGUUCCCGACAAAUCCGCUGCUGUUCCCGAUGGAUCUGGGACAAUUCCUGAUGGAUCUGGGACAAUUCCUGGUGGAUCUGGAGUCGUUCCUGAUGAAUCCAGGAUUGUUCCAGAUGGAUCUGGGGCCAUUCCCGAUGGAUCCGGCGCCGUUCCCAUUGAAUCUGGGACAAUUCCUGAUGGAUUUGGAGCUGUUCCUGAUGGAUCCAAGGUUGUUCCUGAUGGAUCCGGCACCGUUCCCGUUGGAUCUGGGACAAUUCCUGACAGAUUUGGAGCCGUUCCUGAUGGAUCUGGGACAAUUCCUGACAGAUUUGGAACCGUUCCUGAUGGAUUUGGAACCGUUCCUGAUGGAUCUGACGCCGUUCCCGUUGGAUCUGGGACAAUUCCUGAUGGAUCUGACGCCGUUCCCGUUGGAUCUGGGACAAUUCCUGACAGAUUUGGAGCCGUUCCCGUUGGAUCUGGGACAAUUCCUGAUGGAUCUGACGCCAUUCCCGUUGGAUCUGGGACAAUUCCUGACGGAUUCGGAGCCGUUCCCGAGCUCCCACGCGCGGCUCCGGCCGCGAUUCCCGAACUGCCGCCGCGCCGGGCCGGCGGAUCUGAGGGAAUUCCCUGCGGGAGCCCCGCCCGGGAGUCGCCGCUUCCCAACGGGCUCAAGGCGGAUUUCGCCCGGGCGCUGCCGGAGCCGGGCCCCGAGGGCGACGGGAAAUCGGGAAUGUGCGCGGCCGAGCACGAGCUGAGCUGCUCCAGGAACGAGCAGGAGCUGCAGGAGCUGCUGCUGGAGGCGAGCCAGGACACGGCGCCGGAGCCGCGCUGAGCCCAGGUCCUGGCAGGGGAAGCUCCGGCGCUUUCCCCUCCUCCCUCUCCGCACAAGAUUCCAACCAAACCUCGGGAUUUUCGGGACUUUUCUUUGGAAAAGAAAAAAAAAACGACAGAAACCAGAAACACAAAAACCCAACCAAACGGAUUUUUCCCGAUUUUUUUUCCCGGUUUUUUUCCCGGUUUUUCCGGGGCUCGGCUCGGGCACUGCAGGGACCGGGACCGGCCGGAGCAGGCGGGAAUUUGGGAAUUCCGUCCCUAAAAAAAAAAACAAAACAAAAAACAAAAAAAUAAUCCCGGGAUGGCUGCUUUAU